CCAGAACAAACGAACAUUCACAAUGGCGAAAAGAAAAGCUGAAGUUUUGAGUCAAGCUCCAUCUAUGAAUGGUAGCAAGAAACACAAGAAAGAUGCUCCUCAGCAAGCCAAACCAAGUCUCUUAGACGACAGCGACUCUGUUGAUAGCAGUGAUGAAUCUGAUGGAGGGGCCAAACUUGAGGAGCCCGGAUUCAAGAUUAACGAAGAGUUUGCGAAAAGAUUUGAGCAUAACAAGAAGAGAGAGGAAUUGCAAAAAUUGGAAGAAAAGUAUGAAGCAAAGUCCAAACCAAAGAAUGGCCAAUAUGGCGACAAGUACGAUGAAGAUUCCGAAUCGUCAUCAGACCCAGAAGACGAAGACGAUGAGGGUAUACUUGCUACAGAGGACUUAGACGCCCAGAUUACUGCUACAUUAAAAGCAAUUCGAAGCAAGGACCCAAGAGUCUACAAUAAGGAUGUCACAUUCUAUGCGCCCAUCGAGGAGGACAGUGAAGGUGCAGCAGCAGAGCCUAAGAGGGAUAAACCCAUGCAUCUGAGCGAUUAUCAUAGGGAAAACCUAUUGAAUGGCUACACGGGAGCUGAGGAAGAGGAUACUACAGUUCCUCGAACCUUCGCUCAGGAGCAGGAGGAUCUUAAGAAGUCGAUUGUCAGCGAAAUGUACGCUGCAGUGGACGAUUCAGAUGAUGAAGACGAAGAUGGUGGAUUCCUUGUCCCUAAGUCAAAACCAAAAGUGGCAAAUGACGGUGUCCAUCCAUCCAGGAAGUCAAAAGUCAAGGCCAACGUUGAUGUCUCCGUCGCUGAUAAGGAUCCCGAGACCUUCAUUUCUAACUUCAUGGCAGCUCGUGCCUGGAUACCUUCUGAUGCCUCAUCACGCUUUCAGCCAUUUGAGUCUGACGACGAGGAGGAAGAUGAGCGUGCUGAGAAAUUUGAGGCAGCAUACAAUUUGCGAUUUGAGGAUCCAAAGGGUAGCAAUGAAAUGCUGAAAUCAUACGCCAGAGACGUUGUUGCUUCGAAGUCAGUCCGUCGCGAAGAAGUGAGCGGCAGGAAGAAACAGCGAGAUUUGCUACGCGAGAAGAAGGAAACCGAAAAGCAAGCAAGAGAUGAAGAACGAGCCCAGUUGAGACGCCUGAAAAUCGAAGAAGCUGAAGAGAAGCUUCAGAAGAUCAAGAAGGCUGCUGGUAUCAGAGGUAAAGCUCUCAAAGACGACGAGUGGACAAAAUUCCUGGGAGAGGAUUGGGAUGAUAACAGAUGGGAGUCCGAAAUGAACAAGCGAUUUGGUGAUGAUUAUUAUGCCGCUCCAGAGGCGGAAUCAGAGGAGGAUUCGGAUGACGAGGCAGAGGUUGAAGGUAGCAAGAAGAAGCGCAAGGUCAAGAAGCCAAAGUGGGACGACAAUAUCGAUAUCAAGGACCUUGUUCCGGAGUUCGACGACGAAGGGACAUCUAAGCCUGCUUUCACACUGUCUGAUUCUGAUGCAGAAGAAGAAGAAGAAGAUAAUGGCGAUGAAGCACCCAAGAAGUCCAAGACGAGCAAAGACAGACAAAAAGAGAAGCAGGAGAAGAAAAAAGCGGCACGCAUCGAGCGAAAGCGAAUCGAAGAGCUUGUCGACAGCAAGAUGGAUCUUGACCUUCCUAUGAAGUCCAAACAGCCAUCUUUGUUUCGAUACAGAGAAACAUCACCAACCUCCUUUGGUCUGACUGCUAGAGACAUCCUCAUGGCACCUGACGCGUCUUUGAACGAAUUCGCUGGUCUGAAAAAGAUGGCUACUUUCCGAGAUGCUGAGAAGAAACGCAAGGAUAAGAAACACCUGGGCAAGAAGGCCAGACUUCGUCAGUGGAGAAAGGAGACUUUCGGAAAUGAGGACGGACCUGAGAUUGUUAUUGGUGGUGCAAACGAGGAUGGCGGUACGGAGCUUGAUGGUGAUGAUGGUGUUGACAUUGUGGAGGGUGGCAGGAAGAAGAAGAAGCGGUCUCGUAAGAGUAAGGGUAGUGCGUAAAGUAGAUCGUGGACAGACUCGUAGUUAUCACCAACGAAGGGUCAUUACG